AUGUGGCUGAUCCUCUUGGCGCUGCUCUGUCUAGCCGAGCCGGGGGCCAGCGGGUCCUUCCGCGGGAGCGACACCUUCUGCUACAUGGAGGCGGCGGGCACCGCGGGCACCGGGUACCUGAGCUUCCUCAGCCGGCGCUCGGGCGCCCUGGCCCUGGUCCAGAGCGCCUGGGACGGGGCUGGGCACCUGCUCGCCUGCUCCAUCCAGGAGGAGGCCUGGCUCACGCGCCUGUACCAGGAGUCCUGUGCCAGGCGCCCGCAGAGCAGCCUCUUUGCCAGCCCCUGGAGCCCGGCGCGCCAGCAAGCCCUGGACAGCCUGGCCCAGCAGAUCAACGUCUGCAGCAGGGCUGAGCCCCUGGCUGCUGGCGGGGCCCGGGUGAGGAGAGCGCCCGUGGGCAAGCGGGCGGGACUGGCCCCGGAGGAGCGUGGGCGCAGGAGGACCCGGCGGGGCUGGACCAUGCCAGGGACGCUGUGGUGUGGAGCUGGGGACUCUGCAGGGAGCCUCACCGAGCUAGGAAUCUUCCAGGGCCCAGACUUGUGCUGCCGGGAACACGACCAAUGUGCAGAGCAGCUCUCUGCCCUGGAGUACAACUACGGCAUCCGGAACUACCGCCUGCACACCAUCUCGCACUGUGACUGCGACGCCAGGUUCAGGCAGUGCCUGCUGGAGCAGAACGACACCAUCUCCAACAUCGUCGGCAUCACCUUCUUCAACCUGCUGGAGGUCCCGUGCUUCGUGCUGGAGCAGAGCAAAGCAUGCGUGGACUGGCACUGGUGGGGAGGGUGUAAGCACUACGGUCCCGUAGCCCUGGCCCGGAUGGUGCAGCAAAGCCAGUACCACUACGGCCUGCCCCAGGGGGAGACGGUCAGCGCUGCCACGCGCCCCCCGGGCAAGGGCAAGAAGCAUGCCAGACGGGGCAGGAAGCAUCAGAGAAAGAACAGGAAGAGGCUUGGGCUGGACAAUGGGGCCCAGGGGUCACAGAGCCCCAGAGAAGAUCAAAGACCUGUCAUGCCCCCUCUGCCCAGGAGCCUAGGCACGCUGCCCUCGGCCCCCGUUGAGGAUGGGGCCACCACCCCACACAGGCGUGUCCCAGACCUGGGGGGGCAGGAGCCACCACUCCUUACACUGAGGGCCUCAGAGCAGGGCCCCAUGCCGGGGACUGAGCACCCACCCCCUGGUGGGGCUGGAACGGAGGAGGCAGGGCAGCCCCAGGACAGGGAUUCAGCACGCCCUGCCCCAAGGACUAACUCGCCACCCACCCUAGCCUCGGAGCCACGCUGCACUCCCACAUCGCACCCGCCCAAGCUGAGCCGCCAGGCCUCAGCAAGGAGCUGCGGAUGCUACCGGCGCCUUGACCAGUGUGAGCACAAGAUCGCACCCCAUGAACUCAAGUACCAGCUGCGCAACCCGGACUCCCGCACUCUGUUCCACUGCAACUGCACCCGCAGGCUGGCACGGUUCCUGCGCAGGAUGAAGGGCCCCAAUGAGGUGGAGGAGGAGGUGCUGUCCGACUUCAUCUCCACGGCCUGCUUCGUGCUGGAGCCGCCCAGGGGCUGCGCCGACAGGGAGCAGCAGCCCAACUGCAUCGGGUUGGGCCGGGCCAUCCUGGCGCCUGCGCGGCACCUGAAGAACACACUGGGGCGGUGGCAGGUGCAGCCCGCAGCCUCCGUCAAGGUCAAGCGGCAGGAGGGGGAGGCACAGGGCAGCCCCCCCAGACUCUACGACAAGUGUCUCCAGCUGGCCAGGGCAGCUCGGAGGUCAGACCAUCACCCAGUGCCCCACUGACGCCAGGGCACAGCCUGGACGUGGGACCUUGGAGGCAGCCUGUCUGCAGGGGGAACGUGGCGCUGAUGCCGUGGCCAGCCCUGCCCCUGCUCACCUCUGGCAGGGCUGGGAGACUGACUGUGCCAUGGGGCAGCAUGGGCACUGCAGGGAGACAGGACCCUCCCAGCCUGGUCUGGGACAGGGGCUUGGCUGUUCCCUCCCUCUCCUUCACCUGCUGGUGCAGCUGCCCCCUGCCCCACACUCGUGGGGGGUGGGAUGGGCAGGAGCUCUGUGGGGGGGCAGGCCAAGGUGCUGCCUCCCCUCCACAUUCUCCCAUGGGGAGCACCUUGUCCAGUGCAAAAGUUAAAUGAGCCCUGCCUGGGGGAGGAGCUCUGUCCUGCCCCAGAGGGCACCCCCCCUGGGCUGGGCCCCAGCGGGGUCCCUUGAACACUGGCCCUGGGAGGAGAAGCUCCAGGCAAGGAUGCUGUUCCCUGAAGCUCUUCCAUGGGGGGCAGAGGAGACACCUCUUCACAACUGCAGCCUGGGGGCGCUGAGACAUGGGAAACCAGCCCCACCCUAUGAGAAACCCCAUGCCUGGGGGAGGGGCUCCUGCCACUAGCAGUGCCCCCACCUGAGAGAGGCAGGAGGGCUUUGCUGUACCUCCUCUUGGGGAGAGGGGGGAGUCAAGACUGUGGGGUGCUGUUCCCAGCCUUGCUAUGUGAGCCUGUUACUGCCCUGCCCAGGGUGGGGGGCAGAGCCCCCUCUCCCAGCCCUGGGGCAGAGCUGGCUCCUGACAGCUGCAGGGACAACUUUUCUACAGAGCCUGUUUUUUUACGUCUUUUUCUCCUCAACGCUGCAGCCCUCCCCCAGCGCUGCCCCUCCUGGGGCAGAGG